GGUAACAAUAGUAAAACCAGUCGGUUCUUAUUUCUCUCAUCCUGUAGAAAUAUUUCUGUCGGUCCAUGUUUCUGUAAAUGUGAUAUGUAAAUCAGACGGCGCAGCAGGCGAUAUGCCAGAACUGGGCCGGAGGCGGAGCCUUACAUACCUGAGGAACAGGUGACAUAGGUGUGCCAUGUGUGUCAUGUAAUCUGAUGACUUCCUGACCUUCUGAUGAAAAGAAAUCUGCUCAUCAGGCGAGGACCUCAGAGGACAGCUGGCUGUCUUCAUCCAUCCGGGACGAGAUCCGAAGACCCGGUUCUGACCCGCCGACGUUCCCGACGAUGACUCCCAUUCCCAAACUUCCAACUUUGGAGAAGCUGAAGUGGGUUUACAGUUUGGUCCUGGCAGUGUUCUGCGUCUCGGCUGCCGUGUGGAUGAUCAGGUCAGACGGGAUUUUUCAGCUCAGCUCUCCGACGUAUCCCGUCCUCAAGCCGUCUGUGACUCCAACCGUUGCUCAGAACAUGACUGCAGGGUUCAAAGUUCUCAGAGGACAACCGGCCUCUCUGGUCAGAGUGAACGGCUCCAGAACUCUGCUGAUAUCCGCCUAUCUGGAGCAUCGGACCAGAACAAAAAAGGUUCUUGUUAUCGCCAUCAUGUUCCGUAAAGAGAAAGUGUCUCUGCAGUGCAGCCUGCGCUGCAGGGAGCAGCUUCACGUCUCCAGAGCCUCCGUCGACAUCCACUGGGAUCACUUCGGCUUUCCGUACGGGAUGGCCGACGUCUCCUGCCCGCUGCCGCCGGCCUGCCAGGCGCCGACCCACGUAGCCGUCACCUCAGCGGCCAUCAGGAACCCAGCAGAUCAGUCCGACAUGGAGUACCUGGAGGUGUGGAACCAGCGAGCGCUCACCAGCUUCCCCUACACCUUCACCAGCUGUUUCUCCACCAUGUACAACUACACCAACGUGCUGCAGCUGGUGCAGAGUCUGGAGAUGCUGCAGUUCUUGGGCGUGAACAGAGUCGUUGUCUACAAGACGAACUGCAGCGCAGAAACGCAGCGCGUUCUGGACUACUACUCCGACAAAGGUCUAGUGGAGGUGGUUCCUUGGUCUCUGUCGGAGUAUCUGAAGGUUUCUCGUCGCGCUAAACCUGAUCAGGAUCCUGGUGACAUCCACUACUUCGGUCAGAUCCCGGCGCUCAACGACUGCCUGUACAGGUCCAUGUACCGGUCCAAAUACGUGGCGCUGCACGACCCGGACGAGUUCAUCCUGCCGCAGACGGUCAACAGUUGGGUGGAGCUGUUGCCGCUCCUGGAGAGAAAAUAUGGCGUCAACAAGUGUUACAAGUUUGAGAACAACUGGGUCCCCAGUGAGUUUGCCCUGACUCCUCCGGCGCCCCAAACGCUGCCCCAGCUGGACCGCUGGCAGAACGUAUCCGGGGUGAACAUCCUGAACCACGUCUACAUCGAACCCGCCCCACAGAAACCGGUCUUCAACAACUACAAGAUCAUCACCAACCCGCGGUCCGUGUACAGCGUGACCGUCCACGGAGUGCUGCGGUCGCAGGGCGGCUGCGCCUGGACCGACAGGCGGAUAGCCCGGAUGUACCACGUCAAGCCUCGGAGACAAACGGAGCUGAAGCCGGAGCAGCUGAUUUACGACGGCCGGCUGCUGAAAUACAGCGGCCGCCUGGUUUCUGCCGUCAACGGCGUUCUGAGAGACAAUGGGCUGCUGCCUAAGGAUGCCAUGUAGACCCGCUGUCUUCCCACGAUGAUUGCACUUUUAAGGUUUCACUGAAGAUCUGGACAAUUUGCCACUGUGUUUUACACUUAUAAUGUAUUUAUUUAAUUAGGUGCAAAUCAAUUAACAAAUUGCAUCAAUGUAAAUAUGAAGGAGUAGUUAUAAAAAAAGAACAACAUGUUUACAUUUAAUUUGCUUUUAUUUGCUCAAAGCAAUGCAUAAAGCACAUUACCAU